GGGAAAAAUAGUAAUACAAUGCAACGCCAAUAAAAUUAUUUUAAUUGAUGCGCCGUGUAAAAUUUAUUGUGUUUACUAUUCCAUUUAAUUUUACUUUUUAGUGUCACAAAACUGAUUGCCAUUACAGAAAUAUAAUAAUAUAGGAGCCGGAUGAGUGUUCUUGUUUAUGGAAUUAAUUUAAGAUCUGAAGCAUGGAAGUCGAAGAUGACACAUCUAACAUGUCUGAUGAUUUAAAUCAUCAAGUUUUGCAGGAAGCUGGUGAGAAUAAAAAAUUUAAUGCAGAAUCGUCGGUAGGAAGAUUUACGAAGGAUUCUUUAACUGCAAAAUCGAGUGAUUCUUCAAUCACUACUAAUAUGUUGAUGGAUACUGAUAGCUCGAUUGACACUAUCGAUCAUCAAGUUUUGCAGGAAGCUGGUAAUAAUAAAACAUUUAAUGCAGAAUGGUCGGUAGAAAGGCUCUACGUUGGAAUCUUUAACUACAAAAUCAAACAAUUCUUCAAUCACUACCAAUGUAUUGAUGGAAUGCUGUGGAAAUCCAUCAGACACACUUGCUGGUAAAGAACAAUUUAUGGUUGUUGGGAAUAUUACAAAAACUGACUUAAAUGAAUCAAGUUUUCAACUAGAUGACACUAGACAUCAAUCAAUCCUUAAAACUACAGCUUUUCAAAAAAAAUUUAAACUGUCAUCUCAUAACUUUAGCAAUAUGUUUGAUAAUAUUUUUGAUGAUGACAGCCAAAUGGAAAUGACACAAAAUAGCACAAGUAUAAAACCAUUUCAUAAACGUAAGCGUUUGCUACCACCAAGCGAUAAUAAUGACUUCAGUAUUUCGAGCAAAUGUGACACUACUGGACAAGAUAGUUUAGAGCUUAGUAUCGCUUCUCCUCGGUUGCGCUUCUCUCAUAGAAAUAAAAAUAAUAGUAAGGCCGACAUGUUAAAUUAUAGUAUGUCCUCUGUAGAAAAUGGCUCUGCUAAUGACGAUCGGGAAGUUAGUGUCGAGCAAAGAAAUAAAAACCUUCAUUCAGAUUUCAAAAAACCCAUUGAUAUAUCGUCACUGGUCGUUGAUAUCAAUACAAAUGAUAAUUCCAGUGUUUUAGACAAAACUAACUUGAGUACUACUCAAACGAUCACUGAUAACUCAAACAAAGUAUCUGAUUCAAGUUUAAAUAACACUACUAGUGGUACAUCUGAUAUGGAAUUAAACUCUGAAAAGACAAUGUUUAAUAAUUCUUUAGUGUCUAAUAUUAAUCAAAUUUCGAUGUGUAGUUCUAUAGAUAUUCCUAGCCUGAAUCAUACAUACGAUAUUCAAGAUAAUUGCAAUUCAACUCGUAUCAACUCGCUACACGUAUCCAAGAGCAACAAAACAAUGAACAUAAACUCUCAAGAAACACUGAAUAAUGAAACUUAUGUUUUAGAAAAUACUAAUAAUAAAUCUAUACAUAAUACUGAAAAAUCAAUUUCCGAUUCAUCUGUAACAAGCAAAAAAAAUGUUCUAUCUGACACUUACACUGUUGAAAAUAAUAAAAAUGAAACUUAUAGUGUUCCGAAGUCUGAAGACAAAUCUUCCAAUAACUCAACAAAAAUGUUGCAUGAUAUGUCUAACAUUUAUGACCAGCCAAAAUUGUCCGAACGGAAACCAAAUUUUAUCCGAAAACUCCAAUUAGGCACCGAAGUCAUGGAUUAUAAUAUUGAGAGUACCGAUGUUGAUAAUAGAAAUAAUACUAUGUGUGAUAGCGUAAAUGAAACAGGACACCAAUCAAGAAAGUUUAAGCCAAAGAAAAACCUCCGUAACGCAUAUUCUGCUGCUUUCGAUAACAUUAUUAAUAAAACGCAAGAUGACAAUGAUCAAACUAUGAACGAAAGUGUUAAAAUGUCUGAAUCGUUAAGUGGUCAGCAACAAUUAUCCGAUUCGAUUCUGAUAACUUCUGUCAAUAAAAGUAUGGUAAAUGAUGUAACAAAUUCAUCCUUCAUAAAAGAUUCUAAUGUACUAUUGGAUGCAGCUAUUGAAAAAGAAAUAACAAUACCGGAAAGUUCUAUUUUGUUGAAUUACAAUAUCAAAGGUCAUAGUAGUUUACGCAAAUCAUCAAGUAAAUUUAACUUCAGUAGAGUAAAGGAUAAAGACUUGACCAGUACACUAAAUUUCUCAAAUGUAUCUUCUAACUCACCGAAGAGGUUAACUAGCAAAUUUGAUUUUAUUAGUAAAAAAAAUAGUACUCUGGUAAUAGAAGAAGCACAAGACAAUGACAUUUUUACAAUUUCAGUACAUUCUGCAUCAGACCUAAUGUCUAACACAAGUAAUAACGAGACAAAAUUAAAUACUCAUAAUUUAACUGCCGUCCAGAGUAAUGAAAGUCUUAUGAAUGGCUUAUCGCAAACACCAGCUCAUCGUUUUACUAACAAACAUAAUAUAGAACCACAGUCUGAAGUAUUCAACAAUUUGAUUGACGAUAGCUUACCGUGUGACGUUUCUCAAGAUAUGUCUAAGCGUAUGAAGUUUAAUCGGAAAGAGGUGUUAGACAGUAACUCGUUUAUGUUUGAUGGAAUAAUUACUGACAGUGAAGAAACCAAAUCGGUAUUGCAAAAUGAACCAAUUAUAAAACAAGAUUCACCAGUAGAUGAAACUGCAAUGGCUGAAUCUAAUAUUUGUGAUACUAGCAGAAAUAGAAGUAAAUCUUGUAUGGAAACCGAGGAGAAUAGCGAAUCUCAGUAUCAGUUGUCUUCGCCUGGUUUGUCUCAGACACCUAAAAAUCGUUUUGUUAAUAAACCUAGUAUUGGCCAACAGUCGGGAGUAUUUAGUAAUUUGAUCGAUGACAGUUUAGAUAGUAACGAUUUAACUCAAGAUAUGUCUAAACAUAUCAAAUUUAAUCGUAGAAAUGUGCCAGAUAAUUCAUUUAUGUUUGAUGGGAUAAUUACUAAUAGUCAGGAGUCGAAUACCACAAAAUCAGCAUCUUUAAUUGAAUCAAAUUCUAUACAUGAAAAGAGUGACUCUUAUGCAUGUGAAACUGAUGAACAUUUUUCAAAUGAAAGUACAUCUGGCAAAGAAGCAAGGGAUUGUUUUGAAAACCAAUGUCCAAUGUCUUUAGCUAAUUUAUCAGAAACAAUGAAUACGAGUAGUAAAUUCCCAGAGCCAAAAAAUACAACUAUUAACGAUGGAGAAGUAUCUCAAAGAGUUCGAAAAAAAAGAUCAUUGUCAAAGAGUUUUUCAGAGGAAAAUAAAACAAUAACUAAUGAUAAAUCUGAUAAUGAUGUAUUACAUUUGAUGAAUAAUACAUCCACGUUUCCUUUUGACGGGCCUAAAGAUGUUUCUUUUGGAAGUGAUCAAUCAAUUAGAAAUGAUGUAACAGGUAUUUCAUUAGAUUAUGAGUACUCAGUGACCAGUCGGAAACAGAGAUCUGCUUCCAAAAGUUUUUCAAAAAUACACCACAGGAGUAUGUCUCGUGUAUCUAAUAGAACUAUACUUAAUAAGACUGAACCUGAUAUGCUCAGUUUGAAUAACACUUCAAUGUUUUCUACAGAUAGUUCUAAUACAAAUUCAGAUACAAAUGUUUCUGUAAAUGAUAGCGCUUCGGUGACUAGCCGUAAAACCAGAUCGGCUUCCAGAAGUUUUACUAAAGAUAACAAUAUUACUAUGUCUGGUGUAUCUAAUAAAACUAUAAAUAAUAAGAGUGAACCUGAUAUGCUCAGUUUGAAUAUCUCUUCAAUGUUGUCUACAAAUAAUUCCAAUAUAAAUUCAGAUACAAAUAAUGUAACAAAUGUUUCUGUAAAUGAUAGCGCUUCGGUGACUGGCCGUAAAACAAGAUCGGCUUCCAGAAGUUUUACUAAAGAUAACAAUAUUACUAUGUCUGGUGUAUCUAAUAAAACUAUAAAUAAUAAGAGUGAACCUGAUAUGCUCAGUUUGAAUAACACUUCAAUGUUGUCUACAAAUAAUUCUAAUAUAAAUUCAGAUACAAAUAAUGUAACAAAUGUUUCUGUAAAUGAUGGCGCUUCGGUGACUGGCCGUAAAACCAGAUCGGCUUCCAGAAGUUUUACUAAAGAUAACAAUAUUACUAUGUCUGGUGUAUCUAAUAAAACUAUAAAUAAUAAGACUGAACCUGAUAUGCUCAGUUUGAAUAACACUUCAAUGUUGUCUACAAAUAAUUCUAAUAUAAAUUCAGAUACAAAUAAUGUAACAAAUGUUUCUGUAAAUGAUGGCGCUUCGGUGACUGGCCGUAAAUCCAGAUCGGCUUCCAGAAGUUUUACUAAAGAUAACAAUAUUACUAUGUCUGGUGUAUCUAAUAAAACUAUAAAUAAUAAGAGUGAACCUGAUAUGCUCAGUUUGAAUAACACUUCAAUGUUGUCUACAAAUAAUUCCAAUAUAAAUUCAGAUACAAAUAAUGUAACAAAUGUUUCUGUAAAUGAUAGUGCUUCGGUGACUAGUCGUAAAACCAUAUCGGCUUCCAGAAGUUUUACUAAAGAUAACAAUAUUACUAUGUCUCAUGUAUCUAAUAAUACUGCAAAUCAUAACAAGUCUGAAUAUGAUUUACUUACUUUAAAUAACACUUCAAUGUUGUCUAUGGAUAGUUCUAAAUCUUUGACAAAUAAAAGAUCUAUUCCAGCUGAUGUUGAUGAAGAUAAAGACAUAUCACCUAGUAUUGGAAAAACAAGAUCAUCAUCCAAAAGUUUUUCAGAGGAAAUUAAUAUUUCACCUAUGUCCAAUAAAACAAUAACCAAUGAUCGAUCGGAAUAUGAAUUAUUGAAUUCAAUAGUAAAUGAAAAGUCAACUGGUUCAAAUGUAACUCAAGACCUUUCUCUUAAGAAUAACCAGUCUUUAAAUUUGACAACUAAUAACACUAUUGUUUCGAAAAGAUUAAGUAGAAAAAAUCGAUCUGUUAAUUCAAUUUUAAAUAAAAACAGUUUACCUACUAAUACCCGAGACGUUGCCUCUGAUGAUAAUUUAUCUGCAAGUAAAGAUUUUACUAGAUCAACAGUUGAAGCUCAGAGUAAAUCAUUUUCACAAACGGUUGAAACUUUAAAUCCAAUAAACACAUCACUUGGAGGUGCCGAUCUUGGGUCUACAUCAUCGCCUUUAAGUUCAAAAAGAUUUUCAACCAAAAAAAACCUAAGAACUCCAGAUAGUAUAUUUUCAAAUUCAAGUAAAAGGCAAUCGAAAUCUUUAACAGUUCAAAGUAAUUCUGUUCGUUUGACUAGGUCAUUAUCAAAAAAAAUUAAAAAUCAAGCAACAAUUUCAUAUUUGUCAAAUAUUUCAUUAAACAAUGUUUCGGGUAAUAUUAAAUCAAGAAAAAAUUUGACACAAAAUAGUUCUUUUCGCAAAUCUACUAGACGUACUAAUGCUGAAAAUGAGUUAGGGCCGUUUAUAACAACAUCAGUUUCGGUAUCAGAAAAAGAAAUGAGAACAGCAAGAAAUACAUCGUUAAAUGGCAGUGUUCAUUCCCAAUCUGAUGACUCCAUGUUAUGGGCAACAAUAACUGAUGAUGAUACGAGUAACAUUUCUUGUGCAUCUAAUGUAAAUGGUACUCCGGUAAAUGUUAAUAAAACCAUUGCAGAACAUAUAAAUAACGCCAUUGGACUUAUGUCGGCAAGGAAACGUUCUUCUGUGCAUCCAGCAGUUUUUGAACUGGAAGAUCUGUUGACUAGAUCGUUCAGAAGAGUUUCAUCUAACGGUAGUCCUUCAAUUCUGACUAGAGCAUUAGGUAGGAACUUCUCGAAUGAUUCAUUAUGCUCGUCUAUGACGCUCUCUGAUAGUAUUGACCAGCAAACAUGUGUCGAAGAUAACGUAACAAUGCAUUUUAAAUCUUUGUAUAACAAAGAACCGUGGAUUACAAAACGGCUGUAUAAUUUUCUGGUAAGCAAACUGGAGCCGAAAUAUAAUAUUUACUCAAUGAAACAUGCUGAGAAGUUUGUCAAAUAUUUAGCAUCUGUACUGAAAGAAGUACGAAAAGAAAAUGUAGAUUUGCAAUUGUAUACAAACAUGUUGAGAUAUCAUAUGGCUAGGUAUGGAAUGAUCAUAGAUACAGCCGAUUAUAUCGGAUUUUUGUGUGAUUAUAUACCAAAGCUAGAGUUUGAUAAAUUAUUACCUGGUUGGGAUCUUGCAACAUCAGAAGUUAAAUUCGAUCCAUAUAAAACGCAUGUGCCUCUUAUGGAAGAUAAGGACUUUUUGAACGAAGUCUUCAAACACCUUAACUGUUAAUAUCAAACUUUUGCUAAUGCUUUACAGUACUAUGUGAAGUUUGUUACUUGUUUAAAUGAUUAUUAAUUAUAUUUUUUUAAAUAAUUUUUUAGUUUUUAUUAUAAUAAUUAUGAUAUACUGUUUUUAUUUUUAACUAA